AACCUCGCUGUUGUUAAUUCAAUCUAGGGAAGGCAGCGACUGGCAGAGGGUAAGAAGUGCCUUUCAGAAGAAAUUAAUGAAACCCAGGGAAGUUGCGAAACUGGAUACCACGAUCAACGAGGUCCUGGAGGACUUCAUGCACAGAAUAGAUGAUGCUUGUAACCACAAGGGACAAAUAGAAGAUGUCUAUUCAGAAUUCAACAAAUGGUCAUUUGAAAGUAUCUGUCUGGUGCUGUAUGGAAAGAGGUUUGGUCUCCUACAGCAGGACAUAGAAGAAGAAAGUCUGAACUUCAUCAAGGCUGUAAAAACGAUGAUGGCUACUUUUGGAAUGAUGAUGGUGACCCCCGUGGAACUUCACAAGGGUCUGAACACAAAAGUCUGGCAAGCUCAUACUAAAGCAUGGGAUGAUAUAUUUAAAACAGCCAAACACUCAAUUGACUGUCGACUGGAAAAGUACUCUGCAAACCCUCAGGAGGACUUCCUGUGUGACAUCUAUUCUGGAGGACAACUUUCCAUGAAGGAGCUGUACGCUGCCAUCGCAGAGCUCCAGAUUGCCGGAGUUGAAACGACGGCCAAUAGUUUACUGUGGGCUUUGUAUAACAUUUCACGCAAUCCACAUGUCCAGCAGAAGCUUUUCCAGGAAAUACAGAGUGUUAUGGCUGCUAAUGAGAGCCCAAGUGCUGAGAACUUGAAGAAUAUGCCUUACCUAAAAGCAUGUCUGAAAGAAUCCAUGAGAUUAACACCAUCAGUGCCAUUUACUACUCGCACCAUCGACACGGAAAUGGUUCUGGGAGAUUACGUACUGCCCAAAGGGACUGUACUAGUAAUAAACAGCCAUGCCCUGGGUUGCAAUGAGGAGUACUUUAAUGACUGGACUCAGUUUAAACCAGAGCGCUGGUUUCAGAAGAACUUCAUAAAACCUUUCUCUCAUGUUCCAUUUGGCAUUGGGAAGAGGAUGUGCAUCGGGCGCCGCAUAGCAGAGCUACAGCUUCACUUGGCCCUUUGCUGGCUCAUUCGCAAAUACCAAAUUGUAGCAACUGACAACAAGCCAGUAGAAACGCUCCAUUCAGGAACACUGAUUCCCAGCCGGGAGCUUCCCAUUGCAUUUCGCAGACAAUAA